AUGGCUCCCGCACCUAUUGACCCUGCCAUUGUUGAUGUGGCGACACCAAAGAAGGAUUCGCUUCCAAUCCCUGCCGCUGCUCGGCAGCGAUUGCUAAAGGCUGGCAUUGAUCUGUCCAACGGCUAUCCCUACAGGCCAUCCCGGCCUCUUUUCCUGCAAGACGUAUAUAAAAUCAGGAGUGCCGAUAGGAAGCACAUAGAUGCUGGCACCAGGGCGGAUAAAUCCAAGAAGAACUUGUUUUCUGCCGCCACCAAGAUUACUGACAUCACUGCGAACAUUGGUACGGAAAUUGAGGGUAUACAGCUGAAAGACCUUAGCGAUGAACAGCGAGAUGAGCUAGCUCUCUUGAUUGCUGAGCGAAGCGUCGUCUUCUUCAGAAAUCAGGACAUAUCGCCCCAGCAGCAGAAGGAAUUGGGAGAGUGGUACGGCGAUAUUGAGAUUCAUCCUCAAGUACCACAAGUCCCGGGAGUUGCAGGAGUCACCGUGAUCUGGCCAGACCUUCAGGCCACAGAACGGCCCGCGAAUUUCCGCAAUCCUGGUGGAUCGUCUGUCUGGCACACAGACCUUGUACAUGAGCAGCAGCCCGCGGGAAUCACUCACUUACACAACGAUACAGUUCCCCCCGUUGGAGGAGAUACACUAUGGGCAAGCGGAUAUGGAGCGUAUGAAAAGCUUUCUCCCAGCUUCCGCAAGUUCAUUGACGGCAAGUAUGCUGUGUAUCGAUCUGCACACCAAUACCUGGACCGAGAAAAUCCUGAGGCGGGACCAAAAUAUAUUGAGCGAACUCAUCCGCUGGUACGAGUUCAUCCCGUCACGGGGUGGAAGGCUCUUUGGGUCAAUCGCGCGAUGACUGUGCGCAUUGUUGGUCUCGACAAAGCAGAGAGCGACCUUAUUCUUGGCUAUUUGUACGACGUAUAUGAGAAGAAUCCUGAUAUCCAGCUUCGAUGGAAAUGGACUCCAGGAACAUCGGUACUAUGGGACAACCGAAUCACUAUCCACAAUGCCAGCUGGGACUAUGCUGGUAGACAUCCUAGACACGGAACUCGCGUAACUUCGUUGGCUGAGAAGCCCUUCUUCGAGGCCGAUGCACCAACGAGGCGACAAGCACUCGGGCUCUUGGAUGAAAGCGAGAAGGAAGAAUUGGUAUUAUAUGGGAACUAG